AUGGAUGGGGUGAAGGCUGUGAAUGUAGAAGUGGAGGUUUUUGGGGUGCACAUCGCAGAGGCGCUGGUCGUAGGGGCGGAACUGAAAGGCGUGGAGCUGGAAGGGGUGGAACUGGAAUGGGUGGGGGCCGCGCAGGCAGACGCUCAUCCAAUCAAACCAGACAGAAUUCAGGAAAUUCUGACCGACAGAAUGAUGGCAAUGGGGGACAGACCAGCGAAUCUCACGCAGCUCACACGGUCCAGGGUCCAAGCAGGCAAAUCAACGGAACUCAAAGCAGAUGGAGUACUAGGGGCUUAUUCAAUUCGUAAUCAUAGCCAAGUUACUGGUCAGAUACACGGGGUAAAAGCACUUCAGUAA